ACUAUCGUCGCGUGAGUACGUUUAUCUUUGGCGUUUUUCUUCUUAUCGCGUUUUGGCCUCUAAAGUGUCAUUUAACGGGGUAGUUAAUAUAAUCAUAUAAAACAUUAUUGACUGAUAAUAAUCGUGACGAUAAAUUAUUAUCACAAUUUGAAAAAAAAAACUUGUCAUAAUAAUUAAAAUUAAUUAUUAAUUCAAAUGAUAAUAAUUUCAAUUAACCAUGAGUUUAAUAAUAAAUAAAUAAUAUACUAAAGUAAAUAUAUAUGGACUUUAUUGUCGAUAAGUAAUAUGUGAAGUUAUUUAUUAAAACAUUACCUAAUGCCGAAGAAGCUAAUGGAAAAGUAAAGUACGAAGCACAUUCUUCGUUUGAAUUAGCGAUAAAACUACUGAUGACCGUUGUUUUUCGUGAUUUUCCAACGCAGUAAUAGUCUACUGCUGUUAGCUUUUGAAAAAAAAUCAACUGAUGCAGAGGGACUGUUAAAGAUAGACAGAAGAAGAGAAAAAAAAGAGAGCGAUAGCUAUUCGUAAGAGGUCAUACGAUUGGCCUUUGGAUUUACUGAUGUGGUCGUCUUGAUGUAAAUGGUUAAAAGAAAAAGGUGUUUGGCGGACUUCACCACGACUCGUCAGACUGAACGCAACGAGUCCAGGUGUCAUUACGUGCAGUGAGGCCCAGUCGCGAGCAAUCCCGCGUCUAAUAGGGCCUCGCCAGCACUCUCGGCCACCUCCACACCCUCCACCCCACGUGGUCGCACAACCAUCUUAUAAGAACUGGAGAAACGGCCGCAGCAGCAGCUGCCUCGGAGCUCUGAGGAGCUGGAGGAUUUGCACAAGCUGCUGCACUUCCCCGAGGAGGUGGCUCUCAGAUUGUCCGAGAGUGAGUAUCAAUUGUUCUACCAGGUCAAUCCAAACGAAUAUUUGCGUCAUGUUGCUCAGGAUUUAGCAACUUUACAAAGUAAAUCAUCAGCAAAAUCAAGCGCAUCAUCAAGUAACUAUCAAAAACAGUCAAAGGAUUCACCCUCUACUACUAAUAGUUCAACUCAAACAGAAGAGGAAUCUUUGUGGUUAGGUGUUACCUCAUCUUACUCUGUGCAGACCCUUAUCAACCGAUUUAAUGAGGUAAGCUCAUGGGUUACCCACACAAUAACAAGUGGCUCAACAAUCGAAGAGCGUCAGGCCUUCCUCUCUUGUCUCUUACGAGUCGCUCAAACCUGCUGGAAUACUGGCAACUUUAAUUCGGCAAUGGAGAUCAUCGCCGGUCUCAAAUCCAAUAAAUUGAAGCCUUUUUGGCAGAGUGUGAAUGAACCAUUACCAGUACUAGAAUAUCUCUCAUCAGCUCUCCUGUCUUCCGAAUAUGAACGGGCACUGGCACGUGCAUUGGCAAUGCCAGAAUGUCCUGUCAUACCUUUUUUCGGCGCUUUUUUACGAGAAUUACGAGAAGUUAUUGCUUCGGUCAACAAGCAACCAACGGAGAACAGAGAAAAGAAGACUCAGCGCAGUAAUAGUAAGGAGGGUUCUUCCCUUGAGCACGUGCCUUCGGGUUCGCCAGGUGCGCGAGCCAGUGUUGUAAGCAAUGUAGAUGUGAGUUUUGCAUGGAGAAUUUCACCUAGAAGUAGUGCUGAUUCUGAAGAUAAGGCUGAUUGUACCAGUGAGACGACAGCAGUUAUAGAUAAAGUCUCAUUGUUUCAUUCACAUCGUCAUGCUCGAGGGAGAGACGCAACUACUGGCUCGCUACAUCGUACCUUAAGUGUACAUACUACAGCUCUUGAACAAGCUUAUACUGCAGAGGAGUGUGAUGAGAAUGACUAUCAUCUUGACCUCGAUUCUUACAAGCCGGUUCAACCCCUUGUUGCUGACCAUGGAGUUGCACUUUUUCCUGUUGCUGCUCCUCAUCAUGGAAUGGAUCUUCAUUUGCUUCAGGUUCUCCAUCAUGGUACGACUUUAGUUCAUUGGGAUUAUGAAGGAGCUGGAGGUUCACGAACGGCACUAGUGUACGCACGCGUUGAUCGUGCUUGUGGGACAUUAGUAUGGGAAAAACCAACAUGGAGUCCAUUAAAAACACCAGGAUUCGGUGGAAUCUCAUCCGAAUUUUCAUUAACAGUAAAUCCUGAAGAGUCUGUCCCACCAAUUCUUAUAUCGAAAUAUACAUCUCUCCAGACAGAAUGUGCGUCUAUUAGUCUAGAAGAAGGUUAUUUGGAUCUAAAUUCCGUAAAAGAAGUUAUCAUUGGCUGUUGUGAUAAAGAUAGAGAAGUAGAACUCCGUGGUAUCUGUAAAAGAUACGGCCUUCCCGGUUCUGACUCUUGUAUCGGCCUGAUGUAUGGUUCAAGUCUAUCUGAUAAUCGGAUCAUUUUUUUUCUCGGUCCACCUGCUUUAAGCAAACUUUGGUACAUGGGUCUUUGUUGGAUUCUACGAGGUUUAAAACGUCAGCAACAGUUAACAGACAGACGAUCUCGGUGGUUAAAAGAAAAAUAUCUUCAAUUAUAUUUUGAGGAAGGCUGUGUCGAACCAACGACAGCUGAUGCAAUCAGAGUCUUUGGUGGACGAGAUUGGUCUACGACUGAUAGUAUUGGCACAUUAUCACCCACGAAUAGUGGCAAUCUUCGACGGCGGACUCCUAAACCUGGAAAAAAAACUAAAUCAAUUAGUAACAUACACGGUUUAACAAAGGAAUUGAGUUUGAAGCAAUACGAUUCAUCAUCCUCGGACGGUGGCAUUACAGCAGCUCCAUUGCGUCAUAUUACCGGAAGUCGUGAAUCUUUAACAAGAAUUGCACCUAUCUCUCCACGAUCUAGCCGUGACCGUAUUCCACCACGUAGUCCUCCUGGUUCAGCUGAACGUAUCUCAUCAAGUUUGCCCUAUUCCAGUUUACAAAGCUUGCUAUGCGUAACAAGAGAAAAAGACAAAAAUGGAUCAAGUCCUACUCCAGCAGUUGUGGAAUCACCUUGGCAAGUCAAAGCACGUGCUACAUCUAUUAUGUAUGAGACUCAACUUAAUUUUGUUGAGUUCGUUGCACUUUUCCGAUCUUUUAGUUUGAGAGCUAGAAAAGAUCUUCGUGAUCUUUUUGGUCAGUUAGCUAUUACGUGCCGUAGUCAAAGUGAUGGAUCUUUACGUGAUUUUACAAUGCGACCUGUCGUACUUCGUCAAACUAGUGAUGCUACUCCACAGCGAAUUGGUUUACUGACUAGAAAUAAUUCAAUUGACUGUUAUGAGUAUAAAACAAGUGGUAAUUUUCAUAAAAAACAAAUUUUCGACGCGAUUGCUGCUGCGAGUAUUGUUAAUAAUUGUUCAGGUGUUGAUACUUCUAAAUCACAAGUUAUUACUCUUGCAACGUUUACUAAAUUUUUAGAAUCACGUCAGCAAGAAAAACUUACUGAUGAACAAAUCAAAACACUCAUCAAAAGACAUGAGCCGGAUCCAGCAUUAAGAGUACAAUGGUGUUUAUCAUUCGAGGGAUUCGCUCGCUAUAUGAUGGACAAAGAUAACUAUGCAUUUCCGAAUGAAUAUGUUAUUCCAACAGAUACGGAAAUGCAACAGCCGCUAUCUCAAUAUUAUAUUGCAAGUUCACAUAAUACUUAUUUGACUGGGCAUCAGCUUAAAGGAGAAUCUUCUGUUCAACUAUAUUCUCAAGUACUUUUAACUGGGUGUAGAUGUGUCGAGCUUGACUGUUGGGAUGGAGAUGACGGAUCACCAUUGAUAUAUCAUGGUCAUACAUUCACUACAAAAAUUCCGUUCAGAUCAGUAGUUGAAGCUAUUGACAGAAGUGCUUUUAUCACAUCUCCAUAUCCAGUUAUUCUCUCUAUUGAAAAUCAUUGUACUCAGAGCCAACAAGCCCGUAUGGCUCAAAUAUUUCAGUCGGUGUUUGGAGAUAAAUUGAUAACUAAAUUUUUAUUUGAUUCGGAUUUCGGUGAUGACCCACAACUGCCGUCACCUUCUCAAUUGCGACAUAAAAUUUUAAUAAAAAAUAAAAAACUCGUCGUAGAUCCUACUGCACCUUUAGGUCAUCCGGCUGUCAGUCAACGAUGCAAAAUGUUGAUGACUGAUCGCGCAUCAUCGAUGAAACAAAUGAGAACUGAAAUGAGUAGUUCAUCUGUUGUCGAGUAUUUUAGUGAAGACGAUGAUGACGAAGAGGAUGACGAUGAUGAUGACAAUGUUGAUGAUAAUUCAAUUUCAAGUUACGAGAGAUACUUGGGAAAUAAUCAAAUGUCUCAUGGUCGAUUGAAAUCAGAUCCUGCAGUGGACGAUAAAUCUCAAAAGCAGACUAGUCAAAUAGCAAAGGAAUUAUCCGAUCUAGUAGUUUAUCUGCAAGCCAUAAAAUUUCGAGGAUUAAAUUUAACACCAUCAAGUACAGUACCAUCAGCAACCAAACCACGUCAUCAAAGUCAUACCGGUACAGUCCAAAGACACAGUAUUGCUGGAAUUGGUACAGGAGGAAUAGCUUCAACUUCAACAGGCUCUCCACAAUCAUUAUCAACUUCGAUAUCUGUUGCCAGUGGUGGUAGUAAUAUUGAUGCUCUUUUUCGACCAACUCGUGGUGUACCAGCUUGCUUUCAAUGUUCAUCAUUGAAUGAGAGUGCUGCUAAAAAAAUUUGCCGAAAGCAACCAUUGGGUGUUGUUGCUCAUGCUGAAACUCAAUUAAUUCGUACUUAUCCAGCUGGAAUGCGAAUAGACUCAUCAAAUUUUAAUCCAGUAAUAUUUUGGGCAUUUGGUAUUCAAAUGGUAGCACUUAAUUAUCAAACAGACGAUGCUGCGUCACACCUAAAUGCCGCAAUGUUUGAACAAAAUGGUCAGUGUGGUUACGUGAGGAAACCAUCAGUUAUGUGGGACAAAGGACACAUGAUGUAUCGAAGGUUUAAUCCCUGGGACAAGGAAUUUGAUGGUUUACAUUCAAUUCAUCUAACUCUAUCGGUUGUCUCUGGCCAAUAUAUAUCAUCAACAAACCUUCUUGCUAGUACGUACGUUGAAAUUGAAUUAGUUGGAAUACCCAUUGAUUGUGCCAAACAUAAAACAAAAGUUAUUCAAAGUAAUGCAUUAAAUCCUAUUUGGAAUGAAAAAUUUUGUUUCCAAGUAAUGUUUCGUGAUUUGGCAUUUUUAAGGUUUGGAAUCGUUGAAGCAAAUUCUCAUCAUUUAAUAGCUCAACGAGUUUUACCUCUUAAAUCUUUAAAGCCGGGUUAUCGACACGUACGUUUACGUUCAUGUAAAAAUAAACCGCUAGCUCUUUCAACACUUUUUAUUUAUUCACGAAUGGAAGAAGAAAGUUUAGAUUAUAAUACUUGUUGUCGUGAUCAUAAUAAAGAAUCUAAACGUCCUACGUCUGGAAAAACACCUGAAAAAUUAAGUACUGUUGAUCCAGGACUUGGAGGUGUCACAUUAAAACGUCGAAUGUUUUUCCUAAUGGUUUACGAUGUAAUACCAGACGAACCUUAUACUAUUUUAAAAGUGACACAAGAGAGUACAACUCAAGAAGUAAUGCUUCAAGCUCUUCAAAAAGCUGGUGUAUCUGCUGAGCACGUAGACGAGUAUAUUCUAGUCGAGGAAGUAUCUCGUGGAUGGGAAAAAAAAGAUAGAGAUGAACUGCCAACUCAAAGAGUACUAGAUUCAUUUGAGCAUCCACUUCAAGCUCAAGCUCUGUGGAGAGGUCAAGGUCGUUUCUUAUUAAAAAGAGUUGGUAAUGAUCCAAGUAGUAGAGCAUGGUUAGCAUCAAUCAGAAGUACCGCGGGACAUUCAAAAUUAAGUGAGACAAGUGAACGUGAUCAAUCAAUGCAUAUCUGGGAUGAAGCAGAUACUUUUCUUGUUUGUAUUUAUAAUGUAUCACCGGAAAUACCUUAUGCCAUUCUUCGUGUUCCAGUAACAAGUUCUGCUCAAGAUGUACUAGCACAAGCUCUUGUUAAAGCACGUAGGAUGGAAGAUCCAUCGAAAUUUGCUCUUGUAGAGGAACUUGAGUGGGGCGGCGCUGGCGCUGUCGGCAGUGGUAAUCGUCAACUAAGGCUUUUACGUGAUGAAGAAAAUGUUUACAGUACACAAGCAUUUUGGAAAACACUAGGAAGGUUUAUAUUACGUGAAAGAGAACAAGCUAUCCCUCGUAAACAUUUGCUUCCAGCAACGUUAGAUAGAAUAAGUAAAGGUUUUUCAGUAGGUAGAUCAGUGUCAUUACCUGGCUCUAGUAAAGAAAAAGUUCCGGUCACCGAGGCUCUUUCUGAUCCAACAUCAAGAGGUUUACGACACCGUCUACUCAUGCCAGGACGUAGACGUGAAGUUCAUUCGGACGGUGAAGAGUCUAGGGAAUCGGAAAUUCUCAAUGCCGCCCUCUACUUAAAGAAGGUGUCGUUGAGAAAACUCAGAGUCUGGAAGUCUUAGUGGCAGUCUCGAGCGACAUCACUCUCAUCAUUAUUCACUAAUCGCAAUAAUAACUGGUAAUUAAUAUAUUGCUACAUAAUAUUAGUUGUUAUAUUAUGUAUAGUAAUAUCAGAUGUUACGAUUUAGUAGAUGAGGGUCAAGUCGCUCCUGUCUCAACUCACAUUAAAAUUAUUUGAAUAAUAUAUAUAUUAGGGUACUCCGUUUGAAACGAAGAUUUAUUUUUUUUUUUUCGUUCCCCAUCGAAAAUCUUGUUCUACAUAUAAAAAUAAAAAUUCAUUACAAUUUUGAGCUCUUAAUAACAAUUUUACCAACUGGAACAACGUCAUUGAAGUUUUCCCAUGCUAAAAUCAUGAAUGUUUCAAUUUUUUUCUUCUUAUUUAAUAAAACUCAGCCCCAUAUUAACGUAUGUUAUUGGUUCCAAGUUUUAUAAGACGAGAAUUGUAUGGUCUUUCGAAAGCCUGGGUGUGCUUAGCGUGACCUUCAACUACAGUCCACGUGCAAGCCUUGAAAGUCUAAUUUCCUACGGAAUUAGUGUUUUUUUUGUUGUUAACUUGUGAAUAGUUUAGUUUCAGGAAAAUAAGUAUAAGACAUUAUUGGUAGAAAAUUUAGUCUUCUACAAAAAACUUUUUUCAAGUCAAAUCUCGAAAAUCAAUACUUAAAGAUAUAUAUGAAAAUUAAGUAAUUAAAAUUUGAAAUUUUAGCUAAAUGUCAUUAUUUAAUACUAUAAUAUAUUUUCAGUUAUUAACUUAUUUAUUUAUAUAUUUAUUUAUUUAUUUAUUUAAAAAUGCCAAGGCAGUUGCCAAAUAGCAAAGUUACAGAGUUAUUAUUGCAAGAGUAGAUACAAAUAAUAAAAAUUUACAAUAUAAUGAAGAUAUCAAAAUAAAGAUACUUAUGAUUAAUUAUAAUAAGAUUUAAUUUUUACAUGAUUUAACUAGGGUAGCUGAAUUUACAUAAUAACUGUAAAUAUGCAAACCAAUAAUGGUAACAAUGUUUUUAAUAUUUACACGGAGGAUAGUAAUAGGUAAUUUAAGUUAAGUCUCUAGCUCCAUUAAAUAAUCGAACAAUUUGGUUUUAAUAUGGAGCUGAGUUUUAUUAAAUAAAAAGAAAAAAAUCGAAAUUUACAUGCUUUUAGCAUGGGAAAACUUCAAUGACGUUGUUCCAGUUGUUAAAAUUGUUAUUGAGAGCUCAAAAUUGUAAUGAAUUUUUAUUUUUAUAUGUAGAACAAGAUUUUCGAUGGGGGAUGAAAAAUAAACAUCUUCGUUCCCAACGGAGCACCCUAAUGUAUAUAUCAUAUUGUGAGGUUGCCGUUGAUGGCUACAGAUAGUUUGUGAGCAGAAAAUUGGCAUUUAUGUACCUACUGUAAUGCCUUGUAAGAUUUAAUUUACGUAUUUAUUUAAAAAAAAAAAAACUUUUCCUAUUAAUAUUCGAAUAUCAUUAAUUUUCUGAUUGGUAUUCAUUGACAUUCAACGUAGAAUGGACCGGAUUAUUUAUUUUUAAUCUAGUCAUGCUUGCCUCGUAAACGGACGUCAGACACUAUUACAUAAAUAUAUUCAUACACAAAUAAUUAAUUGUGUACAUAAUAUUCAAUAAUUAUGAUACAUCGACAUAGGCGACGAAAAUUACCAAAGAAACUAACUUAACAAGUGCAGAUGAUAGAAAAAAAAAACUCUAGAAAUACAGUAUAUACAUUUCUCAGUGUUCAGAAACGAAUCUAGUCACACUCAAAUGCCUAAACUCAGAGUUGUGUGUGAAAUAUCUGAGCUAAUAGAUGAACACUUAAAUGUAAAGGAUUUUAUUUUUUUUAUACUAGAAAUAUAUGUUAUUUUAUAAAUCUUUUCCAUAACAUACAUUAAUGUUAAACAAUAUUAAUUACAAUAGUUUAAAUACACCUGUCAUUAAUAAUAAUCUAUACAUGAUAUAACAUUCAAUAAUCAUUCAUUAUUAUUAUUCUACAUCCCGUUUAUUAGAAGAAGCGAUUUAAAACGAUUUGCAAUGUUAAAUGCCCAUAAGAAGGGCGAUUUUAAAGUAUUUAAAGUAUUCAAAAGCAUUAAAAAGUAUAUAUAAUUUUUUUUUCUAAUCGUUUUAAAUCGUUUCUUACAAUAAGGGCCAAUAAAACCGUAAAAGUUCAGAAGAGGAUCAAAAAAUAAUUAACAAAAAAAAAUUUAGUAAAUAAUUUCGGUCCAUUUAACGAUUGACGAUUAUUUAUAAUUUUUAAAUUAAACAAAAAAAAAUUUAUUCUUUAAAUUUUUUUACAUGAAAAUGUAAAAAAAAAGUUAAUCUGUGCAUGAUGGUGCAAAAAAUCACAGUAAUUUGGAAGUACUGAAGUUACGUUUUUAAAAGAUUUAAGAUAAUUGAGAGCAAUAAAUUUUGAAUAUUUAAAUUGAUAAGUAAUCAGUUAUUAUGUAAUUCCCAAUUUUUCUGCUCUAUACAAAACAAUAUAUUCAAUGACAAUCUUUGUCUCCCUUAUAAAUUAUAUACGAUUAUUUAAAUCAAUAAUCAGUGGUGUAAAUCCUAUUUUAUGUAUGUCAUUUUGAAUGGAUUUUGUUAUUUUUGUACAACGAAGAGAUUAUUAACCAAUAUUUCAAAUUAAUUGACGAGAAAUGGUAAUUAUUACUUAAACUAUAAAUGUAUUUAGCUUCAAUAUUCAACCAGGCCAAUACGUUUUCAUUACAUUUCUUACCCCGUACACCUACUGUACAAUCAUAAUCAUAGAUAUAUAUAUAUAUAUAUAUAUAUAUAUAUAUCUAAGAGUGCUGCUUAUAAAUGUAAUUUGCAAAUUUUUUUUGUUUUACCCUCUCAGACUUUUCCAAGCUAUUUAAAACCAUUUCUGUAGAUUUUCAACUCGUAAUUUUAAUAUUAACCUGACCCCCAAGACAACGGAAGUUUAAAAUAAAAAGACAUGUAUUUUGUAAAAUAAAUCUUUGAAUUUUUAUAACUUUAGCAAUAAUCAAAUACAAAAUGUUUCAUUUGGUACGAAUUUAGGUACUUACAUGAUAUUCAAAGGGUGCAUUGAAAAAAUUAAUUGACUGUUAUUUUCUUACUUCUAGACAUGAAAAUAUGUUGUUUUUUUUCCAACUUUUUCGCUACUCGUCUACAAUUGAAGAAAAAUUUAGUCAUUUAUGCUAUUCAAAUGAAUUGUAUUUUAGAUUUGAGCUACUACUGAAUGUAUUUACGACAAUUUUUUUUUUAACUAUGAAUUAAAGACUUUCCUAAUGAUUUUUAUAAAUAAAAUAGGUUUAUUAAUAAAACUCAUGAGGAAAAUGUUCAAUUUAUAAUUAAAAAUAAAAAUGUCAUCUGGCAGCCAGAAUAGAAGGUAGAUUUUUCAAAAGUAAAAAAUACCUUACUUGAAUAAUUAAAUCUGGUGCAGUUCCCGGGUCGAAAUGUUUCAGCAUUAUUUUAAUCUGAAUAAACUCACAAUUAAAUUUAAAGAAAUCUAUUUCGAUCGAUGCAGAUUCACAUAGACCUUCUCUAGAAUAAAAAUCUGGGCAUUGGUUGGCCCUGAAGGCCAGCCCCUAAACUUCCCGCUGUUUUCGAACUCCAAGAGCUCGAAAACAUUAGUAUCAAUACAUUUUAGAGCUCGAAAAAACCUUCGUGUCUCUUUUCUUAUGAGCUUUUCAAGCUCAAAAGGGUUCCGGUUUAUGUUAAAGUUUGAAAAUUUAGAAUCCAAAAUAAUGAAUGCAUGAGCGUUUUUUAUAUAUUUAUUUACAAUUAUGUUCAAUAAUUAGCUCAAAAAUAAGUAUUUACGUGAUACGUUGUAUCUACAUCGUGUAAGUAUAUCGUGAUACUCGCGAACAUGACGAUUUUUAAGCAAUCACUUUCAAUGACUUAUAUAAAGAAGAACAUAUUAGUUUUGAGUAAUUAUGUUCGGUAAUUAUGAUGUUUUUUAAUGAAAAAAAAGAUAUAGAUUUUACAUUCAUUAUUCCGUCAACAAUAUCUCUCGAACAGAUUAUCUGAUUGGGACGUUCUUGGCAGCAAUUAGAUGCUUUUAUCGAUUUCUAGAGCUGAUUAGAUUUUGGAAUUGAUCGAUUCGAUAGUUUCCGAAAUAUUCACGAAAAACGAAAAAAAAAAGAUUUUUUUCCAUUCUUUCGUCGACGAUAUCUCUUGAACGAAUUAUCCGAUUGAGACGGUUAAGGUGGCAAUUGGCGCGUUUUAUUAAGGUUCAGAGCUGAUGAAAUUUUGGGAAUGAUUGGUUUAGUCGUUUCGACGAUAUUUGCAAAAAACCGUUUUCUACUGUUUCUUUCGUCGACGAUAUCUUUCGAACGGAUUAUCUGAUUGAGACGUUCGUGGUGGCAAUCGGAAGCUUUUAUCGUGUUCUAGAGCUGAUCAGAUUUUGGAAAUGAUCGAUCCAACAGUUUUCACAAUAUCCAAAAAAAAAAACGAAAAAAAAAAUUAUUUUUCUUUUCGUAUUUCAUAAAUAUCUCAGAGUUUAUUUGACUAAAUGGUCUAAAAUUUUUUUGAAAAUCUAAGUUCAGAAGAUAUCUUUCGAAUGCCGCAAGAACCAUCUAAAUCGGUUCAUUCAUCAAAAAGGUAUGAGAGGUUUACAUCCACACACACACACACACACACGCACGCACACACACACACACACACACACACACACACACACACACACACACACACACACACACACACACACACACACACACACACACACACACACACACACACACACACACAUACACACACACACACACACACACACACGCACACACACACACACACACACACACACACACACACACACAUACAUACAUACAUGCAUACAUACAUACAGACAUCGCUCUGAAAAUGUCAGAAUAGCAUUCUAGCACCUUCAAAUGUCGACAUAUGAUGAAAACCCGGUUUUUGAAAAUCGGGGUGAAACCAAUAACUUCCCGAAUUUUUUGAAAAUCGUCGAUUUUCUCAGCGGAAAGUUAAAAAUCAGUCUAUCGAUUGACCCUGCGGGCCAGCCCUAAAAUCUCUUGCUGUUUUCAAGCUUCUUGAGCUCGAAAAAAUUGUUGCGAAUACAUUUUCGAGCUCUUCGAGCUUGAAAAUACUUUCGUAUGCCGUUCUUUUCGAAAAAAAAACGUUUUUCACCAUUUUUUUCUCCAACAAUAUAUCUCAAACGAAUUGAUUGAUUGAGACGGUUGAGGUGGCAAUCGAUGUGUUUUAUUGCGUUCUGAAGCUGAGCAGAUUUUAGAAUUGAUUAUUCUAAUUGUUUUUGAGAAAUUUCAAAAAUACAAAGAAAAAAUUUUUUUUAAUUCUUUCGACAACGGUUUAUGUUGAACAAAUGAACCGAUUUUGAUGGUCGAGGUGGCAUUCGAAGCGGUUUAUAAAGUUUCAGAGCUUAUUAGAUUUGGAAAUCAAUCCUUUGAGCUCAUUAGAAGUGAUAAAAAAAAAACAUUUUUGAAAAAAUAUUAUUUUUGGAAUAUCUCUGAACGAGCUCUACCGAUCAAUUUCAAUUUUUCACAUCUUUCAGAUAUUAACAAGCUGCGUCGAAUGCCACCUUGGAGAUCAAAAUCGGUUCACCCGUUCAAAAGUUACAAAAUAUUUACAUACAUGCGUACGUACACACAAAUACACACACAUACACUCGGACAUCAUCUUGAAAUUUGUCAGAAUAAUUCCCUAGAAGCUCAAAACGUCAAGAUCUGUUAGAAAUUCGAUUUUCGAAAAUCGGACCGAUACCAAUAAUUUUCCGAAUUUCUGAAAAUUUUCAAUUUUCUUAGCGAGGAGAAAAUAAAAAUGAUUUUAAUCUCAAUUUAAUCCUAUCUGUAUUCUAAUGGAUUAAGAGCACUGAUCAGUUUAUUUAAUUAAUGUUUUCAAAUUAAGUUCCAAUAAGAAAUUUAAUAAUAAUUUUUAUUAAAUUGUUGUGUCAGUUUAUCACAUAUUAUUCCUUUUUUUUUAACAUAAAUUAUUUUAAUGUAGAAUAUUUUUUUUUACUUUAAUAUGUAUAGUUAUUCUAAAAUAAAAACGAUUAUUUAAACUUUAAAAAUCGAUUAUUUCUAUUCAUGUGUUUCAAGAUAUCGAUACUAAAAUGGAGAUCGAUGUCAGUUGUAAACAACAUGACGAAUAUCAAUGAGUUGUACAAUUACAUAUAGUUAUAAGAACUAUUUUGAUAAGCUUAUACUCAUCAUAUUGUAUUCAUGGUAACCAGGCACUUUUAAAACUUAAUAAUAAAUAAAAUUCAUACUUUAAAAUUAUGAUAAAAUUCAUACUCUAAAACCAAGUGUGUAGUCAAAAUUUACACAUUCGCUAAAUGACAUUAAAAUACCAUAAGCAAUCUAUAGAUAUUUAACUUACCGUGAAAUGUCAUUUAACUGACUACGAAAAACUAUAGCUCUACUUAUGGCCUUGAAAAUGGACCACAUUAAAUUUGUGUUAGAAUAAUACACUUAUAACCCACUUGUUUUUAGAGUGUGAGUUCCUAAAUUUGUGCCUAAUUUAAAGUUCUGUCCAUUAUUAGCAAAGUUAUAAAAAUUUAAAGUUUAAUUGUACAAGAUACAUGUGUUUUCUCAUUUAGAACUUCCGUCGUCGUAGGGGUCAGGUUAAUAUUCAGAUAAAAAACUGAGAAUUUACAGGAAUUCAUAACAUCCAUACAUACAUGCAUACAUACAUACAUACAUACAUACAUACAUACAUACAUACACUCGGACAUCAUUCUGAAAAUAGUCAGAAUAGCUUCCUAGGACCUCAAAACGUUGACAUCUGAUGAAAGCUCGAUUUUUGAAAAUCGGAGUGAAAACAAUAACUUCCCGAAUUUUUCGAAAAUGAUCGAUUUUCUUAGCGGGAAGUUAAAAAAUCUUCCCGAAAGAGUUGCUCGGAAUCUCAAUUCUACUGAGCUCAACAAAUAUUCAUUUUCUCAUUUGAAUUGCAUGUAAAAAAAUUCAUUUACGAAAAUCAAAGUACAUUGUCUGGUAGGAAAUUAUAUUCUCGACAAAAAAAUUCUGAGUGUUUUCUUCAUAUAAGUAACAGAAAAAAAGUUAUGAAGUUUAAAACUGUAAUAAAUAAAAGACAAUAAAAAUGUAAUAUAACUUCAUGACAGAAAUUUAGGACUUUUCAUUUAUGCUAAUGUCAUUCGAGCAAGAUCGCGUCAAGUGGACCCCCCAUUUUCCACUUGAUCAUAAAUAUUAAAUCUAUGCAUUUUUUUCUAAAGUAGUCACGAUGAAAAAUCAAUCCCCUAAACGAUUUUUUAAAAUUUUAAUUUCAACUACAAUUUCUUAUACAAUGAAAAUUUGAGUACUUUUAAGCAAAAAAUAGAUUUCAAAACAACUGUUAAAGAUAAAUUAUAGAAAUUUUUAGGAUUUAUUUUCAAAUAUUUAUAUUUUAUUAAAAUAUUAAUAUCUUAAAUUUAUUUGUUUAUCAUCCUACUGUUGAUUAACUUUUAAGUAUGAAAGGCCAAUGGGAGGAAAUGGGGAGGCCAAUUGUCGUGAUUUUGCUAACUUCCAAAACAGAACUUUUAUUUUUAAGUUAAAGAAAAAACAGAAAGAAACGAAUUUUAAUUCUUGAAAAAAAAUAUUUAACUUUCGAAAUUUAUGCUCUUUAAAAACAAAAACAAAAAUUUGUCACAUGUAAUUUAAAUAGGAAAACAAAUACCCGAUGAGCUCUUAGCAGGAUUGAUAUUUCAAGCUAUGGAUCGAUUCUUUUUAUGCCUGAUACUAUCUUUUAAUGUCAUGGGCCGUAGAAAAACAAACAAUUUUGUUUUUGAAACACCCUAAUAUACAUAUAUAUAUUAGGGUGCGUCGAAAUAAAAAAAUCUGAAAACCGCCUGAUCCUGUGGGACAGCCCCAAAACUUUCCGCUGUUUCCGAGCUCAGGGAGCUCGGAAACAUUACGACUUGUGAAUUUUUGAGCUCUUCGAGCUCAAAAAUUUGUUAAGCCAGUAAAAUGUGCUUCACUGAAAAAUUAUAUUUUUUGUCCGAUGAUAUCUUUGGAACAAAUGAACCGAUUUGAACGUUCUUGGCGGCAAUCGAAAGAGCUCAACAAGACUUAAAACUGAUUCGAUUUCGGGGUAGAUCGGGCAAGGGGCUUAUAAGUUAUACGCAAACAACAAAAAACAAAACAAAAAUUUUAUUUUUAUUUUUCGUAUAACUCGUAAACUACGUGACUGAUCUACCCCAAAAUCUACUCAAUUCUAAGUUUUGGUGAGCCCUUUCAGUCGCCACCAAGAAUGUUCAAAUCGGUUCAUUCGUUCCAAAGAUAUCGUCGGACAAAAAAAAGUUCACACACACACACACACACACACACACACACACACACACACACAUACACAUGGACGUCCAUCAGAGAAUAGUCAGAUGAGCUUCCUAGAACCUCAAAACGUUGACAUCUGAUGAAAACUCGAUUUUCGAAAUUCGGACCGAAACCAAUAACUUCCAUAUUUUUGAAAAUUUGCAAUUUUCUUAGCGGGAAGUUAAAAAUUAUUUGUUUUUUUUUUUUGGCACCACCAGAAAAUGAUAAGAUAUGUCAAAACGAAAAUUCUGUCAGAAGAUCGGCUCUUGCAUUCAAGUUUUAGUUCCUUUAAAAUUUUUGUUUUAAUAAUUUGCAGGAUAAAACUGAAUUAAAUCAUGGACUUGUGAUAUUUUUAUUUAGAGAAAGAGCUAUGUCAAUGGUUGCUGUGGCAACGGUUGAAAUAGCAACGAUUGAUACACAAACCGUUGCUAUGGUAACGGUUGACAUGUUUAUAAAUAUCCAUAUGUGUGUGUGUGUGUGUGUAUGUGUGGAUGUAAACCGAUGAUAUAGUUUUCAUAAAUCAACGAUCUACAUGGUUCUUGCAGCAUUUAACGAAUCUAGAGUUCGAUGAAAGCUUUCGAUCCCUUGUAGGAAAAAAAAUAUUGACAACGGGGCCGGUCUUGGCAUAAUACUGGGCUACCCAGGCUCAGCCUCCAAAGGUUGGUCCGAGAUCCGACCAACGCUCAAGUGGCAAGCUUUGGUUUGCCAGUCUUGGGGCAAGAUUCAGCAAAUACUCAAGUAAAAAUCCCUGGUUUAGCAGUCUAAAUAACAAAUGGUGCCUAAAAACCUCUGGCUUCUAUGUAUAGCGUAACAGCCUAUGGGAUGCGACACUUGCCUAGCAACCAUGAAGGUCCACUGCGUUUUGGGACCAGGACGAUCCAUCCCCGACAACUUAUUCCUGACAAUUCAUCUCCGCGACAAUUCAACCUUUGAUAAUUCAUCCCCGACAAUUUAUCCCCGCGAGGACUGAUCUCCACGACAAUGACUCCUAAUAAUAUACAGUAGAAACUCUGUGAGUCGAACAUCGAUAAGUCGAAAACCUCCUAAACUCGAAGAAAUGUUUCAUCCCCUUCCCUCCAAGACCCAAAACCUCCGUUGCUCGAAAUUUUUACCUUCUAUAAGUCGAAAUAAUUAGUGAGUCUCUAUAAGCUAUUUCUGUACAUUUUUACCCUCCAUAACUCGAAUACAUACACGUGGACCUCUUUAUCUCGAAUUUAAAAUUAUUACCGUAUGUAAAUAUCUUAUUAGGAUUACCAGUUCUACGAAAUAGUAAUUAAAUUUAUAGCUGACGUCAGGUUUUCUGUUGGCGAUUGUAAAAUUAUCAUACCUUUAGACGUAGUUAGGAUUCACUGCAAUACACAUCAAUUUCGACAGCUCCUGCUGCCUAACUCGGAAUCUUCUACACCUCGAAAACUCUAUAACUCGAUUUUUUUUGCCUGUCCCUUGGAGUUCGAGUUAUAGAGGUUCUACUGUCAUUUUAUACCCAAGACAAUAUAAAUUAUAAUAAAAUUAAGAUAAACGCAAAUAAUUAAUUAAAUAAACGAAAAAAUAAAAUAAAAUCACCAAAAAAAAACAUAAUAUCCGUGGAUGCUAUUUCAUAUAUUUUGUGUACGUGUGUAACUGUAGAAAUAUAGCCACACACAUAAAAAGGUGUAAAACAUAGCGCCCUUUUUUCACGAAUUUUGUGUGUUUUUUUUAUUAAAUUUCGUUUUUGUUUUUUUUUUUUUUUUUUUUUUUUUAUUAAAGUUUAUUAAAAAUAUCUCGAUUUCUAUUAAGAAUAUCAGAAUUAAGUAAUAAGUUGUCGGGGAUGAGUUAUCAAAGUAUGAACUGUCGCGGGGAUGAAUUGUCGGGGAUGAGUUGUCAGGGGAUGGGCUGUCCGGGAUGAAUCGUCGGGGAUGAAUUGUCAUGGUCCCAAAAAGCGUCACACCACCAUGAAGGACCAGGUUAGAGACCCAGCAAAUGCAACAAAAAAUUAGUUUAAUCGAUCUUCCCGAUUUCUCUAUUGUAUAAAUUUAUUUCCAUAUGUUACUAUCACGCACAUGUCUACUAAUAUUUUUCUCUUUUUAUUUAUUUUUAAUAAGUGUAAGUGCUUAUUUAGCUACAGUCUUGACACAAUACUGGCUCUCAAUAUUAAGAUAAUAUUUAGAUGCAAUCUUGGCACAAUACUGGUACUAGAUAUUGGGCCAGUACUAAGAUGCAGUCUAGGCACAAUACUGUCACUUAAGCUUGGCUCGGUGUUAUCAUUUCGAUGCUUAGACAGACUUGGGCCAAGUUUGGAUUUCAAGCUUCCCCCAGAGUUAAUAAAUCUUUCACCAAGCCUCGGCCAAGCUUCGGCCUAUCGCUUUUUUCUAUAAGGGAUUACCGCCAAGAACGUCUCAAUUGGAUAAUCCAUUCGAGAAAUAUUGUCGACGAAAGAAUACAAAACAAUUGUUUUUUUUUUUUUUUUUUCGAUACUAGUAAAUUGAUUCAUUUUUAAAUCUAAUAAGCUCUAGAAAUCGAUAGCCAAUUUCGAUUGCCACCAAAAAAUUGCAAAACUGAUUGAUCUAAAACACUUUUUAGCGUUAGAGGCUAAAAAAUUGGGACCAAUCCCACCUUCAACCUUAAAAAACAAUUUUCAUUUUUACCGGAUAACGUAUGAUGUAAUUCAUCACAUACUCUAAAACAUACCAGCUCUUUGUUUUUAUAGUUCUUGAUGAUUGUUUCAUGAUUUGUUGCAAUCAAAUGGUUACUUAAUAAUGUCAUCAAAAAAAAUUUUGAAAGAUCACCGUUUUGUGACGUUUUUCCCCAAUGUUUCACAUAUUACGGCUUUGGUUCGAUUCGAAGCUUAUGAUAUUCUUCAUCGUGAUCAUUUCUAUUGAUUUCUGUUCAAAAGCGUUAAAUUUAUUAAGCAUAAUCGUAAGCAAAACUUAACUUUCAAUUCGAGCUCGAAAAGCUCGAACAUACAAAAGAAUUUAAAAAUAUUGUUGAGGUCAAGGAGCUCAAAUAUGUAUUGACAAUAAUAUUUUCAAACUCCUUGAGCUCGAUAACAGCAGGAAGUUUGAGGGCUGGCUUGCCGAGUCAACCAGAUUCUAGAUUGUUUUUUCAGUAAUCUGGAAAAGUUUUUCAGGGUUAAACGACAAAAAUUCAAAAAUGUCCUUAAUACCGACCACCCUAAGAAAUAUAUUAAAGUGCUUCGUUUGAAAUGAACAUUUUUUUUUUUUUUGGCUGACACAAGAAAAUUCUGUUGUUUCUGUUGGAAAAAAAUAUCAGCUCUUAAUUUUAAUUUUAAGUACUUCCUUUCGAAUUUUACAGUUUUCACAUUUUAAAAGCACAUAAAUAAAAUUUUUGUUAAUUCAAAUUACGGUAGCUCAGCUACAUUUCUUUAUGAAAAUAAUUGAUUAUUGUGGCUUUUGAGCUCUAGACAUAAAUUAUUGUAAUUUAGUUUGGAUAUGUUUUGAAGCAACUCACAAUGAUUUCAAUGGAAAUCAAAUUUUUCCUGGAGCACGAUACCCCUUCUCUUUACCCUUGCCCUUAAAAAUUAAAAAAAUAGUAUUUUCUGUUAAUAUUAAUUAAUGUGCUUUCAGCUGCUAUACAUUAUUUUACCCUCAUAUUUUCAAUAAAUCAAUAAUGAUAUAUUGGUAUUCUCAACAAAAGUUUAUACAAUGUAAAUGUAUUAUUAAAUGAUACUGUUCCUAGAAUUAAAUAUGUGUUUAAAAAAAUAAAUAAAAACAAAAAUUCUCUUAUUCACACGGAGAAAUUAUUUUUUAUUGAAAAUAGCAAUAUCUCAUCAUUGAUUUAUCGAUAAUAUUGACGUCAAAAAUGUACAGCGACUAAAAAACAAAUUAAUAUAUUUCAACACAAAAUAGAUUAUUUUUCAAUUUUGAAGGGCAGCGAAAGAGGAAAGGUGUAUCCUGCUCCAGAAUAAGUUUUAUUUCCAUUGGAACCAUUGUAAACUGCGCUUAAACAUCCGAAAACAAUUUACGCCUAGAGCUCAUAAGCCGUAAAAAAGAAUUAUUUUUAGAAAGAAACUGCUGGGCCCCGGUUUCCUAUAUUAUCCAGGCCUAAAAUUGAACUUAAGGUUUAUAAAACUUGGAAUUUGUUGAUUUUUAUAUCGUAAAAAUAGUCAACUUGAUGUUUCUCUUAAUCAACGCACUGGAGCGAAAAAUCUAUCGGACAUAGUUUGUAGGGAAUUUAAUUACCUAAAACUGUGUCCUAUAGGAUUUCUUCAUUACUUCAAAAUCUUUUUUAAUAUUGAUGAAAAAAGGUUAAUAACUGUGAAAAAAUGACUAUAGGAGCAGACACAAGUGAAAUCGCUUGAGCUACGGUAAAGUCAUCAUUGACACUUUGGAAGAGCAUCUAACACUCGAUAUAUCAUGCUUAUAUAUAAUGCAAUACGAUGAAAUGAAGCUGAGCUACCGUAAUAUGAACAAAAAAAAAUUUAUUUACAUGCUUUUUAAAUGAGAAAACUUUGAUGCUCCAGACGAAGUACUUAAAAUUAAAAUUAACAGCUGAAAUUGUCAGGGGAUUUUUUUUCCAACAUAAACAAAAAAAUUUUCUUGUGUCACUUAAAAAAAAAUGUUCGUUCCAUACAAAGCACGCUAAUUUAUGUUUAUAUAUAUAAACAUGUAACAUUAUUAUUAUUUAUUACAAGAUAUAACUGCUUAUCUAUCAAAGUUUAAUACACAAGUGUCAUACUUUUAGCAUAAAUUCCAAUGGUCACAAGGAACCUAUAAGACCUCAGCGUAUAUGAUCAGCUGUAGAAGUUUUACUUUAACCAUUUGAAAUUUUAAUUUCAUAUAGAUAUUAUUUGAAUAUCUUUAUAAAAGCAAGUAUAGUAGACGCUCAAUACAGUUACGUCAUCAAAAGUUACCAUCCCAUAAAUGAGUCUCCCACUCUAUUUUGUUUUCCUGAAGGAAUUAAGGGGAAAUUGGUGAUGGGUGGUCAUUUUUAUAAUUAUAGUGGUAAAUGUAUGACAGUCGGUAAGCUAGAAGUCUGACAUGGUUAGUCAAUAAAAACAUAGCCUAACCUUUAUUAAAAACUAAAAUGUGAUAAAACUGUAAAACGUCGAUAUUACUUGAUUUUAUUAAUUAUUGGUAAUAAUUAGGCAUAUCAUAUGAUUGUUAUGACAACAAAUAUAUUAUAAUUCAUUGUUUCCUUCUUUGCUAUUUUUCCAUAUAUUUUCAAAUUUCGCGGAAAUAAACACAUAGACAAGUUUUAUUUAGGUGUGUUAGUGAAUGCAGAUUAUCGCUCGCUAUUGGUUACAAAAUCGAUUGCCACCCUUCUCAAGGUCCGUUUUGGAAAGUUACACUACCCCCGAAAGUGUAACUUUAUUGAGCGUCUACUGUAUUGACUUUAUCAUAUAUUUCAGUUUUAAAUUAUUAACUAAUAGUACUGAUAGAAGAAAAAAAGUACAAAAGUGAAAAUAGAUCUAAUUUUGUUAAUUUUCAUAUUUUAAAGUACCCUAGACAGCAUUCAAGUCGGAAUGACUGCUUUACGACGUAUUUUUUAAGGCGUCCUCAGGAAGUCUUAUAAUGGCUUCUUAAAGGUGUCAUUUUUAAGAAAUCUCAAUUAAGAUUUCUUGAAGACUCCAUAAAUAAGACGUCAGUUUUAUGACGUCUGAAUGUAUUCUUUUUUUUAACUUCUUUAUGAAGUCUAAAUUAGGAGCUCCUUAAGACGUCACGGUAAGUUCAUACUGAAGUCUUAUUUGCGAAGUCAAAAAAAAAGAACUCUUUGAGAACUCUUUUUAAAGAUGUCUUACUGAGUUCGCUAGGUGGCUCAUUCGACAUCUUGAGAACUUCUUGAAGACUUCUUUAAAAUUUUGAUGAGCCGUCUAAAUCAUAAAUAAGAACUCAUUCAGAACUCAUCAAGACGUCAUUUUGCUAUCUGGGACUCUGUUAAAAAAUUUUACGAUUUUCGAAGUUACCCUGGCGGUUUUGAAUCACCCUGGAAAUACCCGGAAAACACGGUGGUUACACGGUGGGCUUUUUUUCAUUUUAUCACCGUGGAAUCAGGGUGGGUACACCGUGUAACCACCCUGAUUCCACGGUGGUUACACGGUGUACCCACCAUGAUUCCACGUACACCGCGUAAUCACCGUGAAUACACCGUGGUAAAAUGGGACAAACCCACCGUGUAAUCACCCUGGAUCCACCGUGAUUCCACCGUCUUUCCACUCCCAGGGUGUUUCCAGGGUGAUUCAAAACCGCCAGGGUAAUUAUGAUGAAAAUUCAGUAAAAGGGUCAAGCCGGAUAUAUAUCGGAAAUUCGCCUCCGCGCUUUCAAAAUAUACGAAAAAACCUAUUUUUCGAUUUUUUUUGUUUUUUAAUAGUAAAAUUAAAAAUUAUCGCAAAGGGUUUUUUUCACAAUACUUGCGAAUUAAAGGCAAGAAAAAAUCUAUUUGUCAGGAUCCCAAGAUAGACCCCCGAUUUUCCAGAAAACAAAUGAAAUUGAAAUCAUUUUUUAAAAAAGUGUCACUAACCAAAUUUAGUCAAAAAAUGUCUUUGAUACUCUUCUUUGCUGAGGAAUUUUUCCAAUUUUUUUGGAAUGGUGCAAUAAUGUAAGAAAAAAAAAAUCAAAAACUUAUUUUUUCUCUAUAUUUGUGCUUCUCAACAAACUAUGACUUUUUUUGCUGGGAGAGAAUUUGAUAUUAAAUUUUUUUUUUUUUGUUGAAAAUACAAGUCCUACUACAAAAACAUUGAAUUAAUUAAGAAAUAAAGUACUUAAAUAUAUUUUCAAAUCAUUUAACAACUUUUUGACGAACAGUGAAUCAAUUUCUUACCGCAAAAUGAUUGUUGAAAGACUAUUGGGUAUUAUUUAGUUAUGUACUAGUAAAAAAAAGUUGAUUAUAUUCCUAAAUUAUUUAUUUUAAUUUCUAUGAUUUGUUCUUCAAUAUUUUCUCAAAUUAUCACUAGAUUAGCUAAUUUUUGACAAUGCUAUCUGCUGGGAUUUCUAGUCACUGCUACGAGCCGUAUUUGUUUCUAUAACCUUAAAGCAAAUGGCGUUUUCGGGAUUGUCAUGUUCGCUUCUAAGUCCACCUGUAAGAUACCAUAUUUUCUGCGAAACCUGAUAUGAAAGUUCAAUUCUCAAGAAGUAAAAGGAUCUUAAGUUGUCUAUCGUACUCAAUACUUGAUACCACAUGAGUGACAAAAAGUAAUGCGUUGCCACAACGUGUGGAGGCGUUUCACUCGCUUCAAGUACAAUCACGUCGUUAGCUAUAAACAGCAGUAUUGAAGAAAGUCACUGGUCGUGACAUCUUAUUACUACGUUAGUAUAAUAAAACUAAAACUGUAAAGUUAUAGGCUAUCUAUAUAGACUGAAUAUAUAUUCGGUGCUUCCAACAAGAUUUACAGAGCUCGGAAAUUGAACCUUUAAAGAAGUUGUUGCAAAAGUAAGAGAUCACUCGUUUUCAGAAAGACAACUGUAGGUAUUGACGGGUCUUACAUGAGAAAAACUCAUAAAACUCCAUGAAAUGUAAAUGCCAAUGAAAAAUUUCAUAAAUCGUAAUGUUACUCAAGCUCUUGUCAUUUUUUUUAUCUAAACUAAGAACCGGAAAUUCUAAUGCAACGAUAUCUUCCGUUGUUAGUUUGGCUCGUAAACAAAUGGUAUCGGACUGUUGUAAUGAAGUGAUAACCUCAUUUUAAAAAGAUGUUUUGCUUCUGUAUUUUAAAAUCGAUGCCGACAGAAGAGAAACGUUGAUUACCAAUGCAUCAAACAGUGCUAAAGAUAUCAAUUAAAAGAUGACCUAUUGAUAUUUAUUAGUGAUAGAGCAUAUAUUCGUCAUCAGAAAAGUAAAAAUAAUGAAUACCAGAGAAAAUCAUAUUCUGGUAAAACAAGUGCCUUUGUGCAAACUAUUUACGAUAUGCACCACAAAUGGUUUCGUUAUAAACACGCUUGGGCCAAUAUGAACGAUGCUGAAAUCUUGAGAAUUGUCUUGAAUGAUUCUAAUAGUCUAAUUAAAUUACUAAAAAAAUAUAUGAUAUUGUUGUAGUAGAUUGAGGAUAUCGUGAUGUAUUAUAAUAUUCGGAAGAAUUAUGGUUUAAAUCGUUAAUGUUAUUGUUGAUUUUUAAAGAAAAACGGAAUUAACAUACCACAGAAAAGUCAAAUCAAUUCCAUUAUGAUACCAACGUUCGUUGGGUAGUUGAAGCAGUGCAGGGUGAUAUCAAACAAAAGGGUAAGCUCUUUCGGUCACAAAUCAGACAGUAAAUCACCCUCUCAAAACAGUGCAUUUUGUUAGAUUGCUUGUUUUCUACACAAUGAAUUUCGUACAAGACUUGAUUCUGAUUUUGAUCUUUCUGAAAAAAUUAUUGCUGCGAUGAAUUCUGAAAAUAGUCAAGAUAAUACUUUGGCUUCAGAAGUAAAUACCAAUCAUUGAGAAAGACAAAAAGUUCCAUUUACAACGAUAACUACAGACUGUUUGAUAGAUUAUUCAGAGUCAACAGAACAAGAACUCAACAUUUGUUUUACAGGGUCGUAUUUAGCUGAAAUAUUGAGUAAAGAUGGAACAAUUACAACUCAGUAGGUAAAAAUUACACCUAAUAUUAUAAAACUGCAAGUAAGAUCUCGGCAUAUAAACUCAUAAAUAUACCAUUGUUUUGUAGAUUAUCAACUAUAUAACGAUAAAAUUUCUGAAAUCAGUUGGUAUUGGUGUAAUUGUUCUAACGGUAGGCGUACUGUUGGGAGCUGCUCACACAUUGCAGCUAUCGUAUAUUAUCGUUGUCAUGCUCAUUAUUUAGCUAAAAUAGUAAGACCUGCCGAAACGUUAUAUUACAAUAAUAUAUCAAUAACUGACGUUAUUUGAAACAGUAUUUCUGAUCUACUUUGUGUAGAUAAAAUUGUCACAUUUAAUGCGACUAAUUGAAGAUAACUUUUGUUAAGCAAUUUUGAAAUUAAAAUGUAUCUUCUAUAAUCGGAAUUCGUGUUGUUAGUAUAGUAACACGAAAAAAAUAGUUUCAAAUUAUAUGGAAAAACUGUUUUAUUUAUUUCAAAUGUUAUUUAGCAUGAAAAGAAGAUUCUUUUAUAGCAUCUUUUGAAAAAUUUUUAGCACUGUUAAUUAUUUUGCGUAGUUAAUUUCUUAAUUUUUUUUUGUGUUUUUGUAGUAAGAUAUGUAUCUUCAUCGUAAAAACUUUUUUUCAUCCAUUCUUCUCCCAGCAAAAAAGUAGUCGUUUGUAAGAGAAGGACCCUGAUUGAACAACCGAAUUCGAUCGAAUUAAACAGAAUUAAAUUUUUAAUUCUAUUUAAUUCAGAUAAAUUUUGUUAAUUCGGUACCUAACUUAAAAAUGAAUUCUGUCUAAUUCGGCAGGAAAAACAGAAUUUGUCUAAAUUAAAACGAAUUUCAAUAAUUCUAUUCGGUUUAAUUCUGCUUAAUUCGAAAAUAAAUCUCCAAUUUCUGGUUCUGAAUCCGAAUUGAACUGGAUAAAAACGAAUUUAAAAUUUUUAAAUCGGUUUUAUUCUGUUUAAAUCAAAUUCAAAUUUUCAAUUCAGUUGAAUUCUGUUUUGCAGAAUUUGACAGAAUAUUACAGAAUUAAAAUUUUUAAUUCGGUCGAAUUCAGUUGUUUAAUCAGGGGAUAUACGACAUUUUCUGACAAAAUUUAGUACGUGACACUUUUUAAAAAAGUGUUUAAAGAAAUAAUUUUAAUUUUGUUUUUUUUUUUUUCUUAAAAAACGGUUGUACAUCUGAGGAUCGUGGCAAUUAUAUUUUUUUAUGUCUUUUAUUUGUUUAUAUUGGAAACUCAAUCCCUGUUCAUUAUUUUUUAUUUUACAAUUAAAGAUAAAAAAAUCGAAAAAAUAUGUUUUUACGAAUAACCUGAAAACUGUUGAAAUUGAGAGCUGAAUUAUAGGCUAAGUUAUUUUUAUUUGGAACCAAAAUGAUCCUCCAAGUUCAAAUAGUAAACACCGUGGAGACGAAUGCUCCAUAUAUAUCCGGUUAUUUUUUUAUUUAUAUUUCACAUAAAUUGAAGCAUGAUCUUAAAUGAAAAUACUAAUGUGAUUACUCAAAAAUUUAUGCUCUAAGUGAUUAAACAAAAUAUUGAGUUGCAUUUCAAUUCGAAAAUUUUUUAAAAUCCGUUACUAAUUUUUUUUUCAAAAAUCUUUACUAGUUUUUGAUCAUUCUAAGUUUAUUAAAGUCUUGUAAUGAAAUUCUUCGUAUUUAAAAACCAAUUAUAUACUAAUAAAAAAAAAUUACCUAUCAAAAGUAUAGUUUCUCAAAUAACUUACGAUUUUAAAAUUAAUAUUAUUUUAAUUUAAUUAUUCAUGGACAAUAAAAAAAACAAUUGUUGAAAAGAAAUGAAAUAAGAUAAAAUAAAUUGUGAUUUCAAUUUUUAUGACUUGAAAAUUUUGAUUAAUGUAAAAAUAAAUAUAUUAAUAAGUUAUUUUAUAAUUAUAUUUAUAUUUUAUAUUUCUGGCUGAAUGAGACUUGUCAAGAAUUUCGAGUAAAUUUUCUUCAAGUUUUAAAGAAAAUCUUUAACGGUGUCAAUUUCGUAGCAAAAGAUUAAAGAAUAUAUGUACUCGGACAUACGAUCGAUGAACAAGUUUAAAUUUCCAGAAUUUACUUUAGUAUAUCGAGGGAAAAAUUUUCCAUUGGAACUUCAAAGUUAUUCAAAAAAAUAUGGUUGGUUUUUCGCAAUUAUGUCUGUAGAUAUUAAGGAAUAUUUAUUGUGGCGCUUUAUAUUGUCUACAAAAAAAGUAAUCUGUCUUUCUUUUGAAAAGUGAAAAACUAUUCAAACAUUUAGAGUAAGACUCUUAACUAGAACUUUGGUUUUAAGAAUAGCUUGAGGUCUUCUAGACCCUGUGUGACUUAAGGGUUAAAACUAUAAUAGAAAUUAUCAGUAGUAAUGAUUAUUUAUUAUCUUCCAGGGGACAUAAUAGUUUCGAAAAUUAGAAUAAUAAUUCGAAAAAAAUAAUUUAAAAAAGUAUAAAUAUCACGUAGAUCAUUAACGAUAUUCGUCAUAAAUUAUAAUAUACUCAUGUCACACUAGAAAAUGUAGUCCAAUAUAUUGUUCUUACUUGAUUAACAACUGAAGUUCAUUUUCUGCAGUAAAUUUACAAAAUUAUAAAAAAUUUUGUAAAGAUACAGGAUGAAAAAAAAAAAAGUGACAAAAUUUAUUUUUAUUCAGUAGAAACGUGAUUAUUUAUAAGUAUUUCUUAUAAAGAAAUUAAUCAAAGAACAUUAUACACAGAAGUAAAAAAAAAAUAUUAUCAUGUAAAUUUUUUAAGUAGAUGUGUUGACAUGUCGUCAUUGAUUUUAAAACAUUAAUUAAAUCUAUAAAUUAAAAAAUAGAACUAUUUUAAGAGUCUAUUGAACAAAAUACAUAACUAAAAGAAAAAAAAAAAAAUAAUUGAAACAAUUUUGCGAUUUUAAUAGAAAAACGUAAUAAAAAAAAGCUUUUAAAUGCCAUGAUGUAUGAUUAUGUAUUUAAAUGACUACUCUUUAAUAUUUGGGACCAUUGUCAUAUAAGAUUAACCGACUUCUUGAGAUACCUUAAACAGUAUUAAUUUUUAUUAAAAUAAUAUUGUCAUUUUAAUAAAAAAUUUAUUUAAUUGGUAAUGUAUUAUAUUUGAAUAAUCCAUAGUACACAUAAAUAUACAUUAAAAUAAAAUCAACAAAAAAAUAAUUAUAAUUAAUUGUGUCUAUCUGUUGUGUACAUAUCUGAAAGAUCUUGCAAACAUAAACUGACAUGAUUUUAAAUCUCAUGAUAAGUAUUAUAACUUAAUUAAAGAAUUUAAAGAUAAAUUAAUUUUUAGAAAAAUGUUUUGUAGUUAUCCCGCGUUUUGUUUGUAUUAUUUAAUUGAUUAAAAUAUCAAAUUAGUUAUUGUAAUUAUUAAAAUGUUUUUCUAUAAGAAUGUAGAUAAAAAAAAUAAGUGGAGAAAAAAAUAAGAAAUUAUAUAAAAUUACAGUUCCCAUAAUUUACUUGACAAUAUGAGCCUGAUUGAUAGUUGAUGUUAUUAUUACUGUCACUGUUAUGACUUGUUUCUUAUAUCGUGUAUACAUAACCCAGAUUGCAUAUCGUUUGUUUAUAUACACUACAAACAGAAAUUAAGAGAUAUAAAAAAAAAUAGUAAAUUUAUUAGCGAUUUUCAACAUGCUGUAACUCAGAGGAAAAUGGUCGUAAAGCAAAUGAAAAUGAAAGCAAAUUGUAGCUUCAAGUUUCGAGUUUUCGGAUCUGCCCUUGAAUCUCUUUAAUUAUACACAAUUCCAGAGUAAUCCUAAGAAAACCACCGCAGAAAAAUUUUCAAAAUUUUUGAUCGUCUUAAAAAAGGUCUAUGGGCUACAAUAAAAUUUUUUUAGUAAUCUAACCUUCUGUCUAUUUUAGGCAAUUUUAUGCUCUUUAAUUUGAUGCCCUGAAAAAAUUUCUACGAGGAUUUGGCGUGAAGUUAUCGUUGAUCAAAGGAAAAAAGUCCAUUUUGACUUUGACAAUCAAUAACUCAGGACAUAUUGGCCGUACAAGGAAUAGAAGUAGGAUUUUGAAAACAGCUAAACAUCCUCUAUAAGACAAAAAUAGUGGCUCUUAAUGAAAAAAAUUUUUUCAAAGCGACAAUGUUGACUGAAAAUAAGCUAAAAGUUUGCAUAUUAAGGGAUAUUUAGACUUCUUGGUAUAACUUUGGAUAUAACGGAUAAACGAAGGAUACAAAAUUUCAAAGCACUGCCAUUUUUUUUCUUAGUGCUCCGAAGCUCUAAAUUUAUCGUUUUUGCUAGAAAUCGCAUGGUGAGCGAUUCUUCGGUUUUCAAUCAUUUCUUCUAUUUUAAAAGAGUUUUUUUUUUUAGCCACAAACCUUGUUCCUUUGAUCAAGAGCAUUAAUUAUUGGAAAAAGUUAAUAAAAGUUUUAUUUCGAAAUUUUUUAUUUUAUUUUUUUUUUUUUAGACUGAUUUUUUCGAAAUUUUUUUUUAUAUUAUUCUCCUUUAUCAUCAUCACAAUUAUUUAUCUUAACAUCAAAAGCAUUGCAAAGAUGAUAAGGAAAAAAGUUAUAAAAAAAAAUAAAAUUUCGAAAAAACAAUCUCUUUAAAAAAAAUCUGGGCGUCGGUUGACCCUGUGGGCCAGCCCCAAAACUUCCCGCUGUUUUCGAGCUCUUCGAGCUCGAAAAUACUAUUACAUGGAAUCGUUUUUUUAUGAGCUUUUCAAGCUCUAACAAGUUACGUUUUAUGCUAGAGCUUGAAAAGUUAAGAAUCGAAAAUCAUUAAUGAAGAAGCGGCUUUUAAAUUUUUAUUAUCGAUUAUGUUCUCUGAAAUAAAUGUGUUAAAGCAGAAAUUAAUGUCAGUGAUCAAAAUCAAGAUUUGAAUAAGUUUUGACUUAGGUCAGAGCAAUAAUAUAUGGAAUAUCCAAGAAAAACAUUAAAGACUGGGUUUUUCAAUUUUUCGCUGACAAUAUGAUUAAAACUAAGGAACAAGUUAUAUGACAUUAUCUGAUGAUCGGAAGAGACUAUAAUGAGUAAGAGUUGGUAUGACUCAGACACAUUUUAGCACAUCAUAUUUUGAUUUAUCUGGAAAAAAUAACAUAAAAUGUUAUAUUUUUAACUUUUGAGCGCCGAUAUUUUUUGAACUAAUUAACCGAUUUUGACGUUUAAGGUGGCAAUCGGCGCGUUUUCUUGAAUUCUAGAGCUUAUUAAAUUUUGGAAUUGAUCAGAUGAGUCACUUCGAAGAUAAUCGGAAAAAACCGUUUCUUAUCAUUUCUUUCGCCAACAAUAUCUCUCGAACAAAUUGACCGAUUGAGAUGGUUGAGGUGGCAUUCGACGCGGCUUAUAAAGUUCUAGAGCUGAUAAGAUUUUGAAGUCGAUCGUUCAAGUCGUUUCUGAGAAAUCACUAAAAAACUAAAAAAAAAUUUUUUUUUUUUCGUAAUUUACCAAUAUUUACGAGUCUGCUUCAUCAAAUGAUCUGAAAUUUUCAGGAAAGUUGGGAGCCAACAAGCUCUUUCGAUUGCUACCUCAACCAUCCAAAUAGAUUCAUUAGUUAAAAAGUUACGAAGAGUUUACACACACACACACACAUACACACACACACACACACACACACACACACACACACACACACACACACACACACACACACACACACACACACACACACACACACACACACACACACACAAACACACACACACACACACACACACA